AAAAAUAUAAAAAAGUACACAAAAAGUUAAACAAAUAACGAUAAGAAACAAAUUUGUGAAAAAUUAUAAAAUAAAAAAUUAAAUAAUUUAAUAGUGUUAAAAAAUAAUUCCUAUAAAAAAUAUUGUAACAAAAAAUAUAUUUAAAAUUUAAGAAAUAAUAAAAGUUAAAAAAAACUUUAAUUUUGCAUAUAAUGUUUAUUAAAUUGGAGUAAAAUCAAUAAAAAAUAUUAAUUAAUUAAUAACUAAACAAACAAAAUGUCUUCAUUUCAAAAUGAUCAUGGUGAAUAUGUGUGGGUGAAGCCACAACCCCAGCAAAUAAAAGAAAUCGAAUUUGCGGUACCUUUUGGUGCUCGCAUUGUGCGCACCGAUAAGACGCGCACUUUGAUUUGUGACGAUGACAACAAACAGUAUUGGGUGAAUAAUGGUGACAUUGUGAAGGCCAUGCAUUUGACGUCACAGGCGGGUGUCGAAGAUAUGAUAACUCUGGGCGAUCUGCAGGAAUAUACGAUAUUAAGGAAUUUAGAGAUAAGAUAUCGUGAGAAGAAAAUUUAUACUUAUACCGGUUCCAUGCUGGUGGCCAUAAAUCCCUACCAAGUCUUGCCCAUUUACACGAAUAAAGAAAUAACCGAAUACCGCGGCAAGAAAAUUAAUGAUUUACCACCGCAUAUCUUUGCCAUUAGUGAUAAUGCUUUCCAAGAGAUGAAUCGUGACAAAGCCAAUCAAUGUAUAGUGAUAAGUGGUGAAUCUGGAGCUGGUAAAACAGAAAGCACAAAAUUAAUCCUGCAAUAUUUGGCCGCCAUAAGUGGCAAACAUUCAUGGAUUGAGCAGCAGAUUAUCGAAGCUAAUCCCAUUAUGGAAGCCUUUGGUAAUGCCAAGACAGUGCGUAAUGAUAACUCCUCACGUUUCGGCAAAUACAUUGAUAUACGUUUCACCGAAGCGGGCAACAUUCAAGGCUCUAAAAUUGAACAGUACUUAUUGGAGAAAUCACGCAUAGUCUCACAAAAUCAAGAUGAACGUAAUUAUCACAUAUUCUACUGCAUGUUGGCCGGACUGUCUCCAGAAGAGAGAAGGAAGCUAGAGCUCACUGAAACAUCUGCCACAAAAUACAACUAUUUAGCUCAAGGCGGCUGCACUACUCUGAAAGGGAAGAAUGAUAUGAAGGAUUUCGCCGACAUACGAUCCGCCAUGCAGGUGUUAUCCUUUAAGCCCGAGGAAGUAUGGAAUAUCUUUACCUUGCUGGCAGCCAUUUUACAUUUGGGCAACUUGAAUUUCAAAGCCACAGAAGUUCAAAAUAUGGCUGCCUCAGAGGUCAAUGAUGCCACAAACGCUACAAGAGUGUCCUCUUUGUUGGGAGUAACAAUGGAGUCCUUAUGUACGGCUUUAAUACAAAAGACUAUUUUGGUGCAUGGUGAGCAAGUAGUGACGCCGCUUUCAAAAGAGUCGGCUCUAGAGGGCAGAGAUGCUUUUGUCAAGUCUCUGUAUGGCAGUAUUUUUGUGAGAAUUGUUCAACGCAUUAACGAAACAAUAGAUAGGGAUCCUGGCAAAUCGAUGAAUUCGAUAGGUGUCUUGGAUAUAUUUGGUUUUGAAAAUUUCACCGACAAUAGCUUUGAACAGUUGUGCAUUAAUUAUGCCAAUGAAAAUUUACAACAAUUCUUUGUGAAACAUAUAUUCAAGAUGGAACAGCAAGAAUACGAAAAUGAAAACAUUAACUGGCAACACAUCGAAUUUCAAGACAACCAAGAAAUACUCGAUCUGAUCGGCAUGAAAUCGGUUAACAUUAUGUCUCUCAUCGAUGAAGAGUCAAAAUUCCCCAAAGGUUCGGAUCAAACACUGCUCGAAAAACUACACGUACAACAUGGCAAUCGUUCGAUUUAUGUUAAACCCAAAUCCACACAAGAUUCCAUAUUCGGUAUACGCCACUAUGCUGGCAUAGUCAUGUAUAAUCCUCAUGGUUUUCUCGAAAAGAAUCGAGAUUCCUUUAGUAUGGAUUUGGGUGAUAUGAUCCAAAAGUCAAAGAAUAAAUUCUUAAAGGAUAUUUUCCCGCAAACACCGAAACACGAUACAAUGAAGAAACAGUUGACGUUGUCGGUGAAAUUUCGCAAUUCGUUGGAUUUGCUGAUGAAGACGUUGGCAGCGGCUCAUCCGUUUUUCAUAAGGUGCAUUAAGCCGAAUGAAAAUAAGCAGCCAAAUCAAUUCGACAAAGAGCUCUGCAUACGACAACUGCGCUACUCCGGCAUGAUGGAAACAGCUCGUAUACGACGAGCUGGUUAUCCAAUACGACACACAUAUAAAGAGUUUGUGGAACGUUAUCGCCUGCUGGUGCCAAAUGUGGGACCCAUUGACAAAAUCAAUUGCCGACAAGUUGCCCAGGAAAUAUGUCAGAAAAUUUUACCCAUCAAAAGUGAUCAUCAAUUCGGAAAAACAAAAGUGUUCUUAAAAGACAACGAUGAUGUUUUCCUGGAAGAACAACGUUCUGCCGUCAUACUCAAGUCCAUAAUAACCAUACAAAGAGGUUUUCGGAAAGUAUUAUUUAAACGUUUCCUGGAGAAACAUCGUAAGGCUAUUGUGCUGAUACAAACAACCUGGCGUGGUCAUAAACAACGUAAGAAUUAUGUGGUUAUGCAAAAAGGAUUCCAUCGUUUGGCAGCCUCUAUAGCUUCGAGAGAGUUAACGUAUCGCUUUAGUUUAUUAAGAACACGUAUCAGACUAUUACAAGCUCAUUGCAGAGGUUAUUUGGUGAGAAAGGAAUUCAAAGCCAAAUAUGCAUUACGAUUGGCCAAAGUGAGAGAGUUGAAGCUAAUAAGAAGCCAAGAAGAGGAACAAUAUCGCAAAGCUAAGGAGCGCAAUUGGAAACAACAUGCCGAAGAGAAUUAUCAGAAACGUUUACGAGGUAUCGAUCCUUUAAUCAAAUCAACACCCACAUCACCAGCCAUCAUCCAAACAAAUGGACAUGCCAGACAGGAAGAAUUUAAUUCAGACAAUUUCAUCGAUGUGGAAUCUUCCAAGAAGGUGGUGGACGAUGUGUUUGGUUUCCUCGAUGAUGCCGAUCCCUCCAAAAAAUCCAUUACAACUGGUGGCACCAUUCGCCUACCCAAAUCCCGAGUACCCAAUAUUGAUGCCUCCGAAUAUAGUUUUGCUAAAUUUGCUGCCACCUACUUCAAUUCGGGAGUUACUGGCCAAUACAGUAAGAGGCCAUUGAAAAAGUCUUUGCUGGAUCAUGAUUUGCCAUUAGAUGAAAUAGCCGCUCAGUCUAUAUGGAUAAUAAUACUUCGUUUCAUGGGUGACAUGGCUGAAGCCAAAUAUGCUGAGGAAGAAGAUGAUGUACACAAAUUUGGCACAGUCAAGUCCAGUGUUAUGCAAAGAUUAACGCAAACUUUAUCACGUUCAACAGUACAGAGCAAAGAAUUCCAGGAAGCCUUAGCAGCCAUGGGAGAGAUGGAUCAGCAAAGAAAACUAAUACGCAAAACUUUAAAAAGAAAAACAAAGUUACCGGAUAUUUUGCGCCAGGCCUUGGAUAAUACAGAUGAAAUUGAGUACUACCAACAAGUAUUAAAUACAAGAAUGAGUAAUUUAGACAAAUUGCAUUUCAUAAUAGGACAUGGCCUACUAAAGCCCAAUUUAAGAGACGAAAUUUUAUCCCAAAUUUGCAAACAAUUAAGCAACAAUCCCUAUCGCACCUCAUUUGCCAAAGGUUGGAUUUUACUAUCGCUCUGCAUUGGUUGCUUUCCACCCAGUGCACGUUUUGAACCCUACUUAAGAUGUUUUCUGCAACAUGGCCCUGAACUGUAUGGUUCCUAUUGUGAAAAUCGUUUAAAUCGAACUCUCAAGAAUGGUUCACGCACUCAACCACCCUCCUGGUUGGAAUUGCAGUCGACACGCAAUAAAUCGCCCAUAACUUUGGAAAUUCUUUUAAUGGAUGGCGCCACAAAGAAACUACAAAUUGAUUCCGGUUCCACAGCCAAAGAAGCCGUACAACAGUUAUGCGAAAAUAUGGGUUUAAUUGAUUAUUUUGGCUUCUCUUUGGUCAUAUCGAUUUAUGAUAAAAUCAUGUCUUUGGGCAAUGGCAGCGAGCAUAUUAUGGAUGCCAUUUCGAAUUGUGAACAAUAUGCCAAAGAACAGGGCUACAAUGAACGCAAGGCUCCCUGGAAAAUGUAUUUGCGCAAGGAAAUGUUUAGCACUUGGUAUGAUCCAAGUAAAGAUCAAUUGGCUACGCAUUUGAUUUAUAAACAGAUUUGUCGAGGUCUCAAUUAUGGUGAAUAUCGCUGUCGUACGGAGAAAGAUGUGGCCAUGAUUUGUGCUUUACAAUAUUAUGCGGAACAUGGGGGGGAAAUACAAGAUGAAAUCCUUCGCAAAUGCAUACCGGACUAUGUGCCCAAGGAUUUAUUAAUUUCUGGAGAAAAAGCCUUCAAAUCCUGGGAAUCUCUAAUACGUGAAACAUAUAGUAAAAAUGACUAUGUAAAACAACGUACUCCUAGACAAACAGCCAAAGAAGAUAUUUGUCUAUAUGCCCAUUUGACCUGGCCCAUGAUGUUUUCACGAUUUAUCGAAGCAGUACGUACCUCAGGUCCCAAACUUUUAUCCGACCAAAUAGUAAUAGCGAUCAACUCUAAUGGCGUUUACUUUGUGGAUGAAAUGGAACAGGUUUUGGCUGAACUUACUUAUGCCGAAAUAUCAAAAAUUUACUCGGAAAUAGAUCCAAACUCUAACAUAGAUAUUUUACAUGUUGAUACGGUGCAAAAGGAAAAUUUCACUUUCAAAUGUUACGAAGCUAAGGAUGUCCAGGAAUUGAUAGAGUUUAUGUGUGAAAAUAUUAAAGUGAGAUCGAAAUAUGUUAUGGCUAUGGAAGAUUUUAAACCCGAUGAUAGUUUGUUGGAAUCAAAACAAUGUUUGUUUUUACUGCGAGGAGAUCUUCUGCAAUUGGACAAUGGUGUCACGGGCUCUCAUAUAAUGGAGGCAACUAAUCAGCAGUGGUUUAAGGGUAUUUGUAAUAAUGAAAAGGGAGAGUUCCCGGGAAAGGCAGUAACAGUGUUGGCUUGUCUUGCAAAGCCAUCAGAGAAGAUCAUAAAAAUCUAUAAAGAUUUAAGUACUGAAGCACCCACAAAACCAAUGAGAUCUAAAUAUAAUACCAUACAGAGAAAGAAAAUGCAUAAUUUGAAGAAAUUUGCAGAGGAACAUUUUAGAAGCAAUUUGAGUGCUCGGAGAGGCUCUACGAAUGGCCUGCAUAGUAUACGUUCCGAUAGUGAUGAACUAUGGCGUCAUUCUCGUAAUUUGCUAAAGGCUCCUCUACUUAAACAACUACAGCAUGAAGUAGAACUAUUUGAAUUGGCAGUCAUAAUGUUUCAGAAUAUAUUAAAGUAUAUGGGUGAUAUACCCAGUGGAAAACAGCCCACCAAUACAGAUUUUAUAUUCAAGCCAUGUUUGGAGCAUGAACAAUUAAGAGAUGAAUUAUAUUGUCAAUUAAUGAAACAACUAACUGAUAAUAAUGCCAAUUAUAGUGAAGAGAGAGGUUGGGAUUUAAUGUAUUUGGCUGCGGGUAUAACGUUUCCCUCUGGAGCUGUUAUGAAAGAAUUAUUAGAGUUCUUAAGAACUAGACCUCAUGUGCUGGCAGCUGAAUCUUUGAAAAGGGUAAAACGUACUCUGGCCAAUGGUCAGAGGAAAUAUCCUCCUUAUAUUAUAGAAGUUGAAGGUAUACAACAUCGUUUUAUGCAUAUUUAUCAUAAGAUCUAUUUUCCUGACAAUACUGUGGAAGCUUUUGAAAUUGAAUCAUUUACCCGAGGCUUGGACUUAGCCAAGACCAUUGGUUUACGUUUGAAACUGAAGUCUUUGGAAGGUUUUAGUUUGUUUGUCAAGAUUGGUGACAAAGCCUUUUCAAUACCUGAGAAAGAUUUCAUUUUCGAUUUCAUUAAUGAACUUAUGCAGUGGAUUAAACAAAAUAUGCCCUCCAGAUCAUUAGAUGGCCCUCAGUCCUGCCCCUAUCAAUUGUAUUUUAUGAAAAAACUCUGGCUUAACAUUACACCCGGCAAAGAUCCAAAUAGCGAUGUGAUUUUCCACUAUCCCCAAGAAGUACCCAAAUAUUUGGCGGGCUAUUAUAAAAUCUCUAAAGAAUUGGCGGUGAAAUUAUCUUCGCUGAUAUAUAUAGCCGAAUAUGGUCAGAAUUUUAUGCCAUUGCAGAAACCCCAUGAAAUAUUAAAACUCAUUAUACCGGAUGAUAUUUUGCCAAUAAUGAAAUCUCAAGAAUGGAAAACCCAAUUAGUGAAUCAGGUUAAGGACUUGCUAUUGAGUAGUGUGGAGGGUAGCUCAGCUAAGGAAAGGUUCCUGAUGUUGUUGGCAGCCCAGGAAAUGUUUGGUUCCACGUUCUUUGCGGCCAAGCAAACCAAUGAUGACAGUAUGCCUGAAUUAAUAUAUUUGGCUAUAAAUCGUAAAGGUUUCCAUGUUAUAGAUCCUUUAACAAAGAAUACCUUGCAGUCCUACAAUUACAGUGAAUUAAGUUUUUGGAGUUCCGGCAAUACCUAUUUUCACAUACGUUUUGGCAAUAUGAUUGGAGCCUCCAAACUGCUGUGUUCCACUACCCAGGGUUAUAAAAUCGAUAACUUACUUUCUUCUUAUAUUAACUAUUUAAAUGAUAAGCAAUAAAUUUUAAUUGAAAUAAAGU